AAACAGAUAGCCAAAUAGAAGAAGAAUAGCCUUUAGAGCAAAGGAGAGGUUUAAGCUUUGCAUUGAGCUCACUCAGCGGUCAGAUGGGAGCAGGGAGGGGACCCUGCUUUGCCUCGAACUACAAAGCUGCUCUCCGAAAGAUUUUUCUCUGACAUUUCCACUAGGCUGUGGAGGAGGUAGAGGUGGAGGAGACAAGAGGGGGGCUGAACAGAGGGGCUUAGAGAAACAAAAGGAAACCAGCUGCAGAACUUCCUGAAGAGAGGGAGAGGAUUAUUUAUUUUUUUUAAAAAAAGGAAAAGAAAAAAAAAGUAGGAAAAGGAGGUUUAGCAGCCAGGAUCUGUGAGCCUGCCCUGAGAUCAACCUCUCCCACAAUGACCAGUGCGAUCCUGAGGAGGAAUUCCAGCAAACAAGGCUUACAGAACCUCAUAAGGCUGACAGCACAGUGGAGUGUAGAGGAUGAGGAGGAGGCAGCGAGAGAGCGGCGUAGAAGGGAACGGGAGAAACAGCAGCGGUCCCAGGCAGAAGAUGGCUUGAACAACACCAACUCCUUCUCAGAGAGUGGGCUGCCAGUCCAGGAAAACCAGUUUGACUUUAAGCCCUCAGGGACCUCAGAGCUGGAAGAGGAUGAGGGGUUCAGCGACUGGUCUCAGAAGCUCGAGCAGCGCAAACAGAGGUGGGCUGCAGAGGGAACACAAGAGGGGGAGCGAACAUCCCCCAGGGAAUGGACACAGGCCCAGGAAGCAGCACCUACCUGCAGAGAAGAAAGGUCUCCAAGACACUCCUAUGAGGAAGAGGACAGUGGUCUGAGGGAAGCUGAAGUCAAGCUGGAGCAGGUCCAGCUGAAUCAGGAGGGCCCGGAGGAGAUUCCCGGGGAGAAUGAGAUGAGGCAGGAGCCGCUGGAGACAGAGGAGCCUCUUCAACUUUUUGAGGAAGAAUGCAUUCAAGAGCAGAAGCAAGAAGAGGAGGAGGAGGAGGACGACGAGAAAGCUGGGCAGGAGGAGAAAAAAAGGAGGAGGAAUGAGGAGGCGGAGACACCAGAAAAACGCCAGAAAGCACCGAGCACCUCCAGCGUGGAAGGGGAAGAGGAUGAACAAUGUGAUGGCCAGUCCCCAACGAGUUCCACAACGAUCACAGACCGAACUGAAUCCCUGAACCGCUCCAUAAAGAAAAGCAACAGCGUGAAGAAGACUCAGCCACCACUUCCUGUUUCCAAGAUUGAUGACAGACUGGAGCAGUACACUCAUGCCAUUGAGACAUCCGAGAAGGUUCAGAAACUCGUCCGACAAUCUUCCCUUGAACUUACCACCACAAGCAUGGUUGUAGCCAGCACAAAAAGCCUCUGGGAGACUGGAGAGGUUGCAGCUCAGUCCUCUAAGUCGCCAUCCUGUAAGGAUAUUGUGGCUGGAGAUAUUGUGAAUAAGCGAAGCAUGUGGGAACAGAAGGGUACCCCCAAAAAUGAAGGCAACAUCAAGACCACCGCUUCUGGCAAGAAGUACAAGUUUGUAGCGACUGGACAUGGCCAGUACAAGAAGGUGUUGAUAGAUGAUGCAACGGAGCAAUAGCGUGUGUGGAGUACCAAUCAACCAGCAGAGCUUGGUCCUGGCUAGAUGCAACCCUGUACUCAACGCUGAUGCUUCCUCUGCUAUAAGGGAGAUCACUGAAGGAUGUCUUUCUCCCAGUCCCUGGUGGGCAACUUCUCUUUGCUCCAGAACAGCCUGGCUGUAUCCUCGGGUGGGAGCAUCACCCCACGCUGCUUUCAUGUGGAUGAAAGGAACAUAAUCAGCUGGCUAUUGUUCCUCACUUUAACUUUCUAAAUGACUCUUUGCUGUUUUGUAUUUGGCUCCUCUGGGCCCUUCUGUUUCCAUGCUGGAGAUGGGAGGCACUUUGGCCCUCUCUAAUCUCUCGAACAUACAAGGAGAAGGAUCUGCCAACUUGCCUAAUCAAGCAGGGGGUAGAAGGUGUCUCAAUAACCAAUGAGAAACCUCCAGCUACUAACUCUUUGGGAGUAGGAGGGAUAAAGCUGAACAGAAAAAGAUUAAUGGGUGUAGUGGGGAAGCAGGGGGAAUGCUCAACAGAGAAGGUUGGUGGACUGAUUCUUAGAACCACCUCUACUCAGGCCUCCAUAAUCUGGUGGAGCCACAACUGUAUUGGCAACCUAGACCAUGUCGUAUGUAUCAAAGAACCACCAUGUUCUUCUGUAAGUGGGGAAAACUUACCUCCUGUUUUGUUUUUCCAUCUUUUCGCCUGUGCCUCUUCUGCUGUGAACUUUAAUACGAGGUGGGGAAAACCUAUAUGACUGACCCUCUCCUCUGCCUUUGUGUGGAUGUCUAGGCCAGAUUAGUCUAUUCCAGUUGAAUACAAGAUUCCAAUCCAGACUUUUCUAAUUCUACAGCUGUUUCCAUACCGAGGUGGUCCCUUCACCUGUCAAUCAGUGCCAGUCUGUUCCAGACUGACUGUCCCAUGUGACUAGUGGCAGCUCAGACUUGGGGUUUGAGCCCAUGCAGUAGCUCUUGCCUUUUGAUCUCCGCUGAUGAGUCUGAGGGUUCCUUUUCCAUUUGCUACAUACUCAAACCCACUGAGCUAAUCUUUUUAACAUGAGCCCCAGUGGAGCGGUGUGAAUAUUCCCAUUAAAGUGCAUCAGCAAACCUUGGCCAGUGCUCCUGUGUGUGGACUGUGUUGGUGCAGCUUGGAAACCAGCAAUCUUCACCACUUUUCUUCACCCAUUGGAGCUGCCUAGGUAGAAGGGUGUUCUGGGGAGGUAGGGGCUUGUUGUAGGGAUGGGGAGUGCCCCUGGAGAUUAGUAAACCUCAGACCUCCACAGUAACAGACAGGAUUUGGUUUGCUCCCAGUCCCUGCAAACUAACUCUCCUGGGUCAAUUUGUCAAUUCCUUCAUGUCCUCUAGCCCACAGUCUUUGGCACAUCCCUGAUCUCCUCUCAUUAAAAAUGUUUCUGUUCUUCCCCCUGCAGCUUGCUUCUGUUCUCCUCAGAUAGGAACCCCUGCCUUAUGGGGCCUCUCUCAUCCCUCAGUUUGCUUUCUGCUUUAAUUGAUUCUGUCCUGGAUUUAUUUUUUGUGUGUGAGCAUUUAAUAAAAUGUCUGAGGAAGAUAUUGUAA